GCCAGCAGUGUCUGCCUAUUUUGAUUGCCUGCAGAAUGUCGUCCGGAGACGGUGAAAACCGCGACGGAACCCUAACGGCGCCGUUACUAUACCACUCCGACGACGUCGAAACGACAAAGCUCAUCGAGCAAAACGACGACGACGAAAAAACGCUGUCAGUUAGGGUUUGGAUCGAGACGAAGAAGCUAUGGCGGAUCGUCGGACCGGCGAUCUUCAGCCGCAUCGCCUCCUACUCCAUGUUCGUAAUCACGCAGGCCUUCGCCGGACACCUCGGCGACCUCCAGCUCGCCGCCAUGUCCAUCGCCUCCAGCGUCAUAGUCGGCUUCGAUUUCGGACUCCUGCUCGGAAUGGCGAGUGCGCUGGAGACGCUGUGCGGUCAGGCGUACGGCGCUCGGAAGUACCACAUGCUCGGCGUGUACCUCCAGCGGUCGUGGAUCGUGCUGUUCCUCUGCUGCGUAGCGUUGCUUCCUCUGUUCGUCUUCGCGACGCCGGUGCUGAAACUGUUAGGUCAGCCGGAGGACGUGGCGGAGCUGUCGGGGACGGUGGCGCUCUACUUCAUUCCGCUGCACUUCAGCUUCGCUUUCCAGUUUCCGUUGCAGCGGUUUCUGCAGAGCCAGCUGAAGAACAGCGUCACGGCUUUGGUGAAUCUGGCCGCGUUUUGCGUCCACGUUCUUUUGAGCUGGCUUGUUGUUUAUCGGUUCCGGCUCGGCCUGCUGGGGACGGCGCUCACGCUGAAUAUCUCGUGGUGGCUUAUUGUGGUCGGCUUGUUCGGCUACACGGUCGGCGGCGGCUGCAGGAACACGUGGACGGGAUUUUCCAGCGAGGCGUUUUCCGGCUUGUGGGAGUUUAUUAAGCUCUCGGCUUCGUCCGGCGUCAUGCUUUGCUUGGAGAAUUGGUAUUAUCGUAUUCUUAUUGUGAUGACUGGGAAUCUCCCAAAUGCUGAAAUUGCCGUGGAUGCAUUGUCCAUUUGUAUGAGCAUCAACGGCUUCGAAUUGAUGAUCCCCCUGAGCUUCUUUGCCGGCACCGGAGUUCGGGUGGCGAACGAAUUGGGCGCCGGGAACGGUAAAGGCGCAAAAUUCGCGACAUUAGUCUCUGUGGUGCAAUCGACAGCAAUUGGUCUCGUGUUUUGGGUACUUAUAUUUUUCUUACACAACGAACUCGCACUAAUCUACACGUCGAGCAAGGUCGUGCUUGACGCUGUCUCCGAUCUCGCACUCCUCCUCGCAUUUACCGUUCUCCUCAAUAGCAUUCAGCCAAUUCUAUCCGGGGUGGCCGUUGGAUCGGGAUGGCAAGCUUACGUGGCGUAUAUAAACUUAGGUUGCUACUAUUUGGUUGGAGUGCCUAUGGGACUUUUGAUGGGUUGGGUCUUUCAUCAAGGAGUUAAGGGGAUAUGGGCAGGCAUGAUUUUCGGUGGAACUGCUGUCCAAACACUCAUAUUAUCCGUUAUUGUAAUGAGAUGCGACUGGGAGAAUGAGGCAGCUAAAGCAAGAAUGCACUUGUCAAAGUGGGCAGGAGGAGGCUCUAGAAAUAGUGUAUGAUGACCAAAAUUGGAAAAUAUUUGAAUAAUUUUGAUGUGCAUUUGUGAUAUGAAAUUGUGUCAAGUCAAGUUACAAUUUUUGUUAAUCUAAUUAUAAUAUAUAUAUUAAUUAUUAUUAUUAUUAUUUUUCAAAUGUAUGAUUUGUCUCAUUACAGUUUGAACUGAAUGAAUGAUAAUAUUUCAGUGUGUGUUUUGGUCA